CCUUCGGAUCCCGGUUGCUUCAGCCCUGCUGUCCGUCUCAUUCGCUGAGCAGGUCCGUGAAUUGUCAGCGCGCUGCAGGCAGCUGUUGAGCCGGGGUGGCCGCCAGGUUUCUGCUCCCUCCGAGGUGCCUGCCGGAGCCAAUGUGCCCCGGUGGGCUAGGGCGAGAGCUGUCGCCGGUUCGGGGCAACUUGGGAUUCAGGACCCGCAGCAGGGGCAUCGGUUUGCCAUCUGGACUUGUCGACGAGGAUGGAAAUCCUGUAUGAAUGUGGAAGCCAUUAGCAGAGUAAUUGCUGUCCGUUACCAUGACAACCAGCCGAUGCAGUCACCUGCCCGAAGUGCUGCCAGACUGCACCAGUUCAGCUGCACCCGUGGUGAAGACCGUGGAGGACUGUGGCAGCCUAGUGAAUGGGCAGCCGCAGUAUGUCAUGCAAGUUUCAGCCAAGGACGGGCAGCUGCUGUCAACAGUAGUGCGGACCCUUGCCACCCAGAGCCCCUUCAAUGACCGGCCGAUGUGCAGGAUCUGCCACGAGGGCAGCAGCCAAGAGGACUUGCUCUCUCCAUGUGAAUGUACAGGGACCCUGGGGACAAUUCAUCGGAGCUGCCUGGAGCACUGGCUGUCGUCCUCAAACACCAGCUACUGUGAACUCUGCCACUUCAGGUUUGCAGUCGAGCGCAAACCCCGGCCGUUAGUGGAGUGGCUCAGAAAUCCAGGCCCCCAGCACGAGAAGCGGACUCUGUUUGGAGACAUGGUGUGCUUCCUGUUCAUCACUCCUCUGGCCACCAUCUCGGGCUGGCUCUGCCUACGGGGCGCCGUGGACCACCUGCACUUUAGCAGUCGGCUCGAAGCCGUCGGACUAAUUGCACUCACUGUCGCACUCUUCACUAUUUACCUCUUUUGGACACUAGUGUCAUUUAGGUACCACUGUCGAUUGUACAAUGAAUGGCGUCGGACCAAUCAGAGGGUGAUUCUCCUCAUUCCAAAGUCUGUCAACGUCCCUUCUAACCAGAAGUCCUUGCUGGGCCUCCACUCUGUCAAGAGGAACUCAAAGGAGACGAUUGUUUGAUGUUUGUGUGUUUGGUUGGUUGAUUUGUUGUUUGGGGUUUGGAAGUUUCUGCACUGGGCCACCCCGAAACCCUUCCUCGAGCCCGUGGGUCGAAGAACAUCCAGAGCCAUGUUAUCAUGUCGCCCUGAGCAACAGACUCCGCCUGAAGAAAGCAAAUCGCUCUUUGACUUCAAAUCAUGGAUGCUGCAAUCAUAUGAUAUUUGCUAAGCUGCCAAACAUGUUUAUUUAGCAGAUACUGUAUGGAAUUUUCUGAACACCUCUUUAACAUAUGAGGAAGGUUGUCCUGCUAAGGAUGCAAUUCAACUCUUCCUUUUUUAUUACUAUUUCAAAUAUAUAUAUAUAGAUAUAUAUAUAUAUUAAACUUAGAUGAUAAUCAAAGUUGAAAAGCCAAUGUUAAAACUGAUUUCAUGGUUGGUUUGGAUGGGUUUUGUUUGGGUUCGUUGGUUUGUUUCCCAGUUUCUACUGUAGAUUCUUUGGGGUAAUUUGAUAGCUUGAGUGUCUUUUCCAUCUCUUCCAUGCCUAUUACUCAAGGGGACAGCGUAGCAGCUGCAGGACAAGUCAUAUUUGAAGGAUGUUUUGUACUCAACUUCAUUUAAUUAUUCAGUUUUUAAAGGAAAAACGAGCGUGGCAACUCUCCCCACAGUGAACUGUUUACUUAAAUUUCAUUAAGGAGAAAAACAAUUUAUGGUGAGAAGCACGCUCCUUUCAACUUGUUUGGUAAUGACAGCUGAUAGAAGCUAUUUUCUAAUAAUAAAUAUCCAAUGUGUGAAAGACAAACCCC